AUGGCUCUGGAUAGAACUCGUCGCUUCAUUGCUCUCCUCCGGUCCUGGAUGCAGUCUCUCCUCCAGCGUAUAAUCGUAUUUGCGCUUCUUGCUGGACCCAUACCAAAUCAUAUUGCAUUUAUCAUGGAUGGUAAUCGACGAUUUGCACGAAACAAAAACGAGCCCGUCGCAAAGGGCCACGACCAGGGUUCACAAGCCCUCCGAAAUGUCCUGGAGAUUUGCAUGCGCCUCGGGGUCCCAUGCGUAAGCGUAUACGCCUUUUCGAUUGAGAAUUUCAAGCGGCCAAAGAGUGAAGUGGACACUCUCAUGAGCUUGAUUAAGCGCUCCCUCCUCGAAAUAUCUCAACAUGGUGAUCUGCUAGAACGUUAUAGCGUUCGUGUCGCGGGAAUAGGCAAGACAGAGAUGUUGCCGCCAGAUGUUUUGGAGGUCCUAAGGGGCGUGGAGGAAAUGACCAGACACCAUAAAAAGGCACUCUUGAACAUUUGCAUGCCAUAUACCUCGCAGGACGAGAUUGCGACCGCAGUACAGACGACGGUGCAACGUUGCGUGAAUAGAGAACUCCAACCCGACCAAAUCACCCAAGAUGACAUUGACGAGGCGCUGUUGACCUCGAUCCCUGGUUCUCCGCCACUUGACAUUCUCGUUCGGACGAGUGGCGUGCGGCGUCUGAGUAAUUACUUCCUGUGGCAGACAUGCGCGGAUACCCAGGUGCACUUUCUGGAGACACUGUGGCCGUCCUUUGGACUGUGGGAUCUUACACCGAUACUGAUGGACUACCAGAAAAAGCAGUGGACGCGCGAGCGGAUGAGCAAGCGGACGUGA